UGAACCGGGGGAUUGCGAUGUAUUGAAGACACAAUAUGAUGUUUUUAUAUUAAGGAUGGUGAUUUUGAACAUUGAAUUGCAAAGUAAAAUGUUUUGAGCCUUUUCAUAUUAGUGAUUUCCACAGUGCAUACGGCGAAUUUCACAUAUCUAAAUACGUCGUUUCAGUUUAUGUCAUUGCAGUUUAGGAUAAAAUUAUUUCAGCAUCUCAUCAAUUCAUCCAUCCAAAUGCUACAAAGCAUCCUUGCUGAGAUUAAAAUUGGACUCGAUUUUCCUGAAAAGCUAAAGAUUCGUGAUCCGGAAAAUGUAGAGAAGAAACUGGAACGUUUGGUCGAAGGUGGUCCGGAUUGUUUGCAGGUCAUUACAGAUUUUGAUCAUACGCUGACAAAGUUUAAGACCCCAGAUGGCCUUCGCUGUGACACAUGCCAUGGGAUUGUGGAUAACAGUUCCCUUGUGGAGGAGGAGUUUCGUCGAAAAACGAACGCGUUAAGAGACAAAUAUUAUCCGAUAGAAGUGGAUCAUGAGAUGACCCUUCAACAAAAAAUUCCCCUCAUGAUCGAAUGGUACACGCAGUCUCAAAAUGUGCUGGUAGAAUAUCGAGUUACAAAAAGUCAAAUCAAGGAAAUGGUUUUGAAAUCUCGAGCAUUUCUUAGGGACGGGGCGAAGGAAGUGCUCUCCAUGUUGAAUAUGCAUAGGAUUCCAGUCCUGAUAUUUUCCGCUGGUGUUGGAAACAUUUUGGAAAGUGUUCUGGAACGUGAACAAGUUCAUUUUCCAAACAUUAAAGUUGUGUCCAACUACAUGGACUUUGACGAGUGUGACCGGGUCACAUCUUUCCAAAAACCACUCAUUCACAUGUUCAAUAAAAACGAGAAUGCUUUAAGGCAUUCUACUUAUUUUGCCGAACUUCAAAGCCGCCGGAAUGCUUUACUGCUGGGAGACUCCUUGGGUGACGUACACAUGGACCAUGGGAUGCCGUCCAGCCACAAGGAAGAGGGGGUGGUGCUCAAAAUCGGGUUUCUUAAUGACAAGAUAAGCGAGAGAUGUCCCGAGUUCAUGGAAAACUUUGACAUUGUUCUGGAGGAUGAUCAAUCUUUUAAACUCAUGCAGCUUAUUCUUAGUCGGAUUAUCAAGGACGCUAAGCAAUAAUGACAAUAACAAAUGAACGGUGUAUGCCAUUGUACUGUAAGUGUCUUAUCAUAGAAUAGAAACGGUUUUCUAGUCAAAGAAAUAACUCUUGGAAUAAUUUUGAAUCUUCACAAUUUAAUAAAAAAUUAUGUGCAAAUGUAAUGGAAAAGAAUAAUGGUUAUUAAAUACUUGCGGAGCAUGCUAUUCGAACUAA